CAAGCAAAAAUGAGCAUUGAAAUUAGCUCUGCUAAUCGAUUGCGGACCUCGCGACCGGCGAGUCGGCGUAAUGUGAAAUUCAUUGGCUAAUAUCAUUAGCAACGAGAUCAAACGUCACGAUACUUAAGAGCUGGGAUUGACGACCCCAACCCAUUGAAAAUGAUUUUCGCAGCCUUUUCGCUAGUCUCUCUGAAGCGGUUUCUUUCUAAACCUUAGAAUGGCGCUUGAGAAGACCUUCGAGACAGCCGUGAAGGCCAAUGACCAUAGCGAUGAAGAAGCCGCUCCCGUGAAUGUCGACGAGUCUACCGUGGCGGAUUGGACUGAGGCAGAGGAGCGCGCCGUAAAGCGCAAACUGGAUUUCAUUCUGCUGCCCAUCCUAGGCUUAGCAUUCUUCGCCCUGCAGAUGGACAGAGGGAACAUCUCAAAUGCGUUAACAAGCACGAUAACGCAGGAUCUCGGGAUCACUACCAACCAGAUCAACGUUGGAAGCAGUCUUCUCUCCGCGGGAAUCGUGCUUUUAGAGAUCCCAUCCAAUAUCCUGUUACAGCGCGUAGGCCCCCAAAAAUGGUUAUCAUGCCAAAUCGUGGCUUGGGGACUGGUAGCCACCUUUCAAAACUUCAUCACGAACUAUGGAGGGUACCUCGCCACCCGUGUGCUUCUCGGCUUAUGCGAGGCCGGCUUUAUCCCCGGUUCGCUGUACACCAUGUCGACAUGGUACAAGAAAUCCGAAUCAAGCCUCCGUAUCUCCAUUUUCUUCCUCGGGAACCUCAUCGCCUCAGCCACAACCUCACUCAUCGGCGCCGGCAUCCUCAGCAUGGGCGACCGGUACGGCGUCGCGGGGUGGCGCUGGCUCUUCAUCGUCGAAGGCGCAAUAACCAUCGGCGUCGGCAUCAUCUUCAUCCUCUUCCUGCCGCCCAAAGUCGGCAACGGGUCCCCACUAAUAAGUUUCGGGCAAUGGUCCUACUUUUCCCGACGAGAGUCCUACAUCCUCGUGCGCCGCGUCCUCCUCGACGACCCCGCCAAAACCACGAACCACCUACGCAUCUCCGGCCACGACGUCUGGACCACCGUCCGCAACCCGCGCAUCCUGCUGCACAUCGUCCUCACACUAACCAGCGUGGUCCCCGUCAACGCAAUAAACACGUACGGACCCUCGGUAAUCAAAAGCCUGGGGUACGGCACCGUGCGCGCGAACGCGAUGGCGAGCGUGGGCGCGUUCAUCGCGGCCGUGGCGACGGUGCUGCUGGCGUGGGUCUGCGACACGACGAGGCGGCGGGCGCCGUCGCUGCUGGCCGCCGCGGCGUGGAGUAUCAUUGCGUUUGCAUGUCUGCGGGAGUCGUAUAGGUGGGGUUCCGGCCGGAAGUACGCGGCGGUGGUUUUGUCGAUGGCGAUGAAUUCCACCGUUCACAUUUUGAACGUCGGUUGGUUGACGGUCAAUUGCCGCAGGCCGCAGGAGAGGAGCGUGGCUAUGGCGAUGAUUAUAAUGGGUGCGAAUGCAGGUGGGAUUGCUGGGAGUCAAGUGUUUAGAACUCAGGAUGCGCCACUCUAUCAAAAUGCCUUUACGGCAUGUUUGGUGCUUUCUGCAGCGGUGGCUGUUGAGAUUAUAGGGCUGAGUAUUUGGUAUCUCGUUAGCAAUAGGAAUUUAGAGAAACAGGGAGAUGGCCCUGUAGUGACUGGGAAGACGGAGGAAACGUCUGAGGGUCACCAAGUAGAAUUGGCGAAAAAGUGGAAGUGGACUUGGUAGAUAGAUGUUGAAUAUAACUCCGAUAUUGAAAUCUAGGUAAGAGAGGAUCUAUUAAGGUGCCUAGUUUCUGUACAACUCUUCUGAAUUUGAUUACCUAACAAGCCACACAUACCGUAGGUAUUUAUAUGGUGACAACAUCAC